AUGAAAUCAGGCAAACGAGGAAAUCAAAUACCGUAGUCGAUUAUCUCAGGUUCAGUUGGCCACACUCGCAAAAACAGUUCUAGGGAAAAUUCUAAUCCUAGCAAGCAUGUCUUGGCACAAACUUCCAAUUUACAAAGCUUGCUGAACAAUGAGAAAUUGCAAAGCAUGGCGCAAAUAUAAAGUGAAAGUUAACCUGUUCUAGCUAAAGCGAAUGAUAAACCAAAUAUCUUAUUGAGUAAUAAUUCAUCAAUUACUGUUCAUCGCCGAAACCCUUCAAAUCAAAACAUCCAACAAGUAUCUCUCAGCGAGGUAAUCAUAACUCAUCUUAAUCUCAUUUAGAUUGCAACAAGCAGUCUCAGUGGCAGUUCUGCGGGAGCUUAUAUGCUUAAACUCUAGAAAUACAAAAAAAUGAAGAGUGAACUCAAUAACUAAACUAAAAGUGUCAUUAAAAAGUGCCUUGCAACAAAUUAACAGGCAUCGGGAAAUCAAGAGCUGUCUAAAGGCCCUAUGAGCACAAUAAGUCAAAGCACCAAAUCAUCUAAUCAGAAUAUUCUUGGCCCCACCAUUGCUUAGUCAACAAAGAAUAGCUCAACUCAAUAAUUAAUCUUUAAUUAGUUCGAGCCGAGCCAAAAGGAAAACACGAAUCAAAUUGCGAACUCACAGAGUUACCUUUAGAUUCAACAAUAAUAGCAAUAAAUCAAAAGCCAGAAAUCUCAAAAACUCAAAUUCUCUAUUAACAAUCUGCUCAGUGAGUUAUCAUAAAAAACAAGCAAUUAAAAUCAUUUACCUCACUAGAAUAAGCCACCAGUAACUUAAAUACAUCUAAAUUCUGAAAAUCAUAACAAUAGUGCUUGCCAAAGUAAGGCUAUGAUGCAAAGUAUUAUUGCAGCUAAAAAUCAUGCUACUCUUAUUAAUCACAACUAGCAUGUAUCAUAAAAUGCAUCUGUUACCAAUAAAGGCUCUCAGCAAUUUGCCUCUUCUAAAAUGAUGAUGGCUUUGCAUAAAAAGUGCAAUUCAAUUGCUACAUCAAAUAAUGUAAGCAAUUACAUUACCAACGCCAGAGAAAACUCUUCCAAACCCUCUUCCUCUAAUGUCACUUGUCUUGUUCUUGACCAGGAAAAUUUUAAUUAGCAAACUUAGCCUCUAUAAAAGUAGUUCAAUAACAUAGUUAAUGGUAACACUCAGAGUUAGAAAUAAUACCUUCAACAGCAACUAUAAAUCUAAUCUUAAAACUAAAUAACUCAGGUUCAAUAAUUGUAAUAGCAACUCAAUCAUAAUCAAAAGAAAUUAGUUUCACAGGUCUCAUAAAUUGAAUUCUUCGAUGAGAAUGUGAGAGUAAAUCACGUCCCAUAAAUAACACCAAGACAUCAAGAUAAGAGAAAAACAAUCACAUAGCCAAAUGAGAGGUAUAAAAAUCUUGAUCUCACAGGGCAGUAUCUUUAACCUUAAACUGUUAAAAACGAGUACGGCAUUAUCCCAGUAAGCAUGAUGAAAGAUUUUAAUAGCAACUACCAAAGUAAAAGGGAAAGUAUUCAGAGUCAAAAUAUUGUCUCAAACUAGAGCAGGAAGCUUAUCAAUCACCAUGAAGAUUAUAAAGUGACUCAUAACAAAAGAUAUCAAGAUGAAAACGAAGAUACAAGCAAUGGCAGCUCACUUUUUGAUUAAAAGACUGCAUUUGAAAUGAAAAGAAGAAGUUGUGGUCCUGUUUCAGAUCAAUGCCUUGAUAAUCAAUUCAUCUAGGAUCAUAUGAAAGAACAAUCUAUGCUGCUUUUGCAAUCAUAAAAACUUAAUGGAGCAGGAUAUGCCAAUUUCGGGCUAAGAAAAUUCAGCUAGCAAGUUUAAUUUUCAAAUAAGCUAAUUAACAAGCAAGAAGAGUUAUAGCAAUAAAGAUAGCUCUCUCGAAAUCCCAGUUCUCACUUAUAUGAAGAGUAAUAACAUGUUUUAAGGAAUCCAAAGGAUGAGAUAAUUAAUUUCUUCAGUAAAUACAUUAAGCAGACUAAAUUCAAUGACCAGAACUCACUUUAGAAUGAAGAUAGUGAAUAUGAGGAGACAAUUCAGAAUCUUAAGGACUUCUUAUAAUAUCUUGAAGAUAAGAGCAUCAUUAACUGCAAGAACUUAUAGAACAACUAGCAAGAAAUGACUAACUUGAUUUAGGAUUUGAUGAAAUUAGAUUUAAAUAAAUUUAGUAACAAAGUUCAACCAGCAACUACUGCAAAUACCUGCAAGAAUUCACCUAAGGCGAAUAGCAAGGUAGAUGAAAAGAAUAAUAAAAACAUCUCCUAGAACAUUAGCAACAGAAGAAAUUCUGCUGAUUUCAUUCCUCAUUAGGAGUUUGUAGAAUAAGCUGACAUAGGAAUCGGCUUUCAAAUGAAUUACAAAGGUGUUUAGGAUGUAAAAUCUCCAGCUACAGACAUGGAAAAGAAUUAAAAUGCUCCCUAUAGAAAUAAACUACCACUCAAUUCUCCAGAUUAAGAGUAUGAUAAUGGUGGAAGAUCAUCAAGUACUGACAACACAAACAAUAUUGUCUGCUAUUACGCUCCAGUUAAUGUUAAUGGCAAUGGAAACAUUGUCAACACAAAUUUUUAGAUUUUUCCUUAAUCUCAUCAUGUCGCUUCACAGAAACUACAUAACAACCACAAUAAGCUAUUCAACUGCAGCCAAAAGCUAUUCAAUAGCAAUAAUAACAGCUAAGAUGGAGUGUAAUCCCCAGAUGCCCUGAAUGAUCCGUAAUCAAUGAAGUAUCAGCACCAGUUAUAACAGCAACAGAACCUAGUAUAUUCAUAAUUAAUUCAAAAUCAGCAAUAGUUUCCAAAUUACAUGAAGUAAAGCUAAAAUCAUAAAAGAGUUAAUUCUAUUGGCAGUGGAUUGCAGAACUAAAACAUUCAAAAUAUUCUAGCAACACCAAAUAACCAAUACAAUUCAAAGAUAAACUUUGCUUUUGGUAAUUCUAAUCAAUAGUAGCAGUAUGUUGUCCUUGAUCCUCAAACAAACUCAAGAGGCUACCUCAGUGAAAAACAUGAUUAACUAAAGGGAAAAUACUCUAAAUGUGAUUAGUCAGCUCGCAGUAAUCAAAAUCACAAUCACUAGCAGCAGUAGCACUUCCAUCAAAGAAAGAAUUCUCUGUUCUUGCAAAAUGAUGAGGAAGAUAUUCCACUAAGAUAAAAAUUCUAUCCAUAAAAUAAUCAAGCUGCUACAAAUGAGGAAAAUGAUACUGAUGAGGGUAAUGAAGCAGUUCCAUUUUAGGCACCAAAGAGUAGACUCACUCAUAGAAGAGCUACUACUAACUUGAUCCAGCCAUCAUAGUAGCUAGCAAAGAAUACUUAAACUCUUCAACCACCUCCUCCUACAUAAAAUCAAAUCAUUACAUCCAAUGGAUCAAUCUACAAUGAUGAUAUUGGCUUGAUUGAAGAGAGAGAUAAGCUGAUCAAGUACAUCAAACUAUACACUAAUAAAAGAUUAGAAGUCCCAGUAACCACAUUGGAUUACUACAAGUUUAUGAAGCUUAUUGGUAAAGGAGCUUUUGGCAAGGUCACUCUUGGUAUACAUAAAUUGACAGGAAAAUAAGUUGCUAUAAAGACUGUAGAUAAAUCUCUAAUGAAGGAUGAAUAUCAAAAGAAGAAAGUGCUUUAAGAAGUUCAUUUACUUAAGAAAGUUAGACAUCAAAACGUGAUCAGACUAUUAGAAGUAUUCGAAUCUCCCAAGCAUUUACUUAUGGUCAUGGAAUAUGCUGGUGGCGGUGAUCUUUUGCAAUAUGUUAAAAAGAGAAGAAGACUAGAAGAGGAUGAGGCAAGAAAAAUAUUCAAGCAAGUGGUGUAUGGACUUGCACAUUGCCAUUGCAGAUCUGUGUUGCACAGAGAUAUCAAGCUAGACAAUAUUUUACUUGACAAUGAAGGCGAAAUUAAGAUUUGCGAUUUCGGUGUCUCAAGGAUCAUCAAGAAGAAUUAGAGAAUAACUGAGCAGUGUGGCACUCCAGCUUAUAUUGCUCCUGAGAUUAUUUCUGACAGCGGGUAUGAAGGCUUCAACGCAGAUGUAUGGAGUUUAGGAGUCUUGUUGUAUGCUAUGAUCUGCGGAACAGUCCCUUUCAAAGCUUAGAACAUGCACGAUUUGCAUCAAAUAAUCACUAGCGGUAGCUUCUAAUACCCCCCUUAAAUAGAACCCUUGCUCAGUGAUGAAUCAAAGGACCUUAUAAACAAAAUGCUUGUAUUGGAUCCAAAUGAAAGAAUCUCUAUCCCAGAGAUCCUUUCUCACUAAUGGAUGGUAAGCAAAGAUGAGAUGAUUUUGCAGGAUGAUAUGAUUGAUUUGACGAAUGGAACAUUUUUAAAUAGAAAGGACAUGUACAGCCUUGGCAGUUCCUCAUUCCCUUCUUAAGCCAUCAAUGAAACUCAAGGAGAGCCUGAUAUCAAUCAAGUAUAGAUUGAUAACUUGUUCUUGGGCAGCAAAAGUUACCAAGCAAAGCUAAGCUACACUGACUAUUGUGCUAUAACUCAAGAUUUUGCAACCAUGCAUAUGAAUGAGGAAGCUCUGCAAGUUAUGGAGGGAAUGGGAUUCCCUAGAAAGAUUGUAAGAGAUGGCUUGAAUAAAGGCGAGCUCAACCAUGCUACUGCUACCUACAACUUGCUAGUAUUAAAUUGA